AUGGUCACGUGCCCGCAGGUCACGUGCGAGGCCGGCAGCAGGAGGAGAAGACGCCGUGCCCUCGCGCUCUCGCGAGAUCCGCGGUGGUCACGUGACGAAGCACAGAGGUAUUUCCUAAUAAAGCCCAUUGCUGCCAUAGCUAGAGACCACAGAAGCGCCCAGUUGUAUUUUCAAAACCAUGUUUGGAUAUUUCUGUCUUUCCUGGAGUUAGCAGGCCUCGUACACGGCACGGCGGCCACAUUUGUGGUGACGGACGGCAAUGGGACGGCUUGCAUCAUGGCCAACUUCUCUGCUGCCUUCGUGAUCAGCUAUGAAACCAGGAGCGGUCCUAUGAAUGCGACCUUCGACCUGCCACCGGAUGCGGCAGUAUUAAAUAGCAGCUCUUGUGGUAAAGAGAACGUAUCUGCCCCCAGUCUCAUGAUUGCUUUUGGAAGAGGACACAGUCUGACCCUCAAUUUCACGAGAAAUGCAACACGUUACAGUGUUCAGCUGAUGGGCUUCAUUUAUAACUUGUCUGAUGCACAAAUUUUCCCCAAUGCACGCUCCAAGGACAUCAAGACUGUGGAAUCUGCCACUGACAUCAAGGCAGACAUAAAUAAAAAAUACCGAUGUGUGAGCAACAAUCAGAUCCACAUGCGCAACGUCACCGUCACACUCCAUGACGCCACCAUCCAGGCGUACCUUGCCGGCAGUAGCUUCAGCAAGGAAGAGACGCGCUGUGAGCAAGAUGGGCCUUUCCCGACCACCGCGCCGCCGCCGCCCCGCCCCUCGCCGCCCCCCACACCAGAGACCCCCUCCGUGCACAAGUACAACGUGAGCGGCGCCAACGGGACCUGCCUGCUGGCCAGCAUGGGGCUGCAGCUGAAUGUCACCUACAGCAAGAGGGACAACACGACCGCCACCAGCGUGUUCAGCAUCGACCCGAACAAGACCAGCGCCGGGGGCAGCUGCAGCCCCCAGACCGUGACCCUGGAGCUCCAGAGCGACAGCGUCCAUUCCCUGCUCUUCCAGUUCGGAAUGGACCCAAAUACCAGCCAGUUUUUCCUGGGAGAGAUCAAGUUGAAUAUGACUCUUCCUGACGCCAGAGAGCCGACCUUCCAGGCUGACAACAGCUCUCUGAGGGCGCUGCAGGCCACUGUCGGGAGCUCGUACAAGUGCAACGCCGAGCAGCGCGUGGCCGUCACGGAGGCCUUUUCCGUCAAUAUAUUCAAAGUGUGGGUCCAGGCCUUCCAGGUGCAGGGCGACAAGUUUGGGUCUGUGGAGGAGUGCCAGCUGGACGAGAACAGCAUGCUGAUCCCCAUCGCCGUGGGCGGCGCCCUGGCCGGGCUGGUCCUCCUCGUGCUCAUCGCCUACCUCGUCGGCCGGAAGCGCAGCCACGCAGGCUACCAGACCAUCUAGCGCGGCCGCCAGAGCUUAGGUUGGCGUUGAGGGAGGCACACUGUCUUGCAAACUGAUUUUCAAAUCUGCUUUAUCCAAUGUGAAGUUCAUCUUGCAACAUUUACUAUGCACAAGAGUAUUGAAAUGACGGUGUUAAUUUUGCUAACUGGGUUAAAUAUUUUGCUAAUGGUUAAAACGUUAAUAUUUACCAAAGUAGAACUUUAAGGUGGGAGGGAAGAGUGCUUUCCUAAGUGGCGCUGGCUCUGCUGUUAUUUGCCUUUUUAAGAUUUCUGGUGUUUGGCCUCUUCGUUCUUGACUGAGAUUUAAGCCUGCCAAGGGAGGGUCCAUGGUCUUGACCUUGGGACUGGGGAUGGCCGGCUAGGUGUCUGGCUGGCGUGCUUAAGAUCUUAAAACAAGUACUCUGAAAGAUGAAAACCUGGAACGCUUAAAGUAAGCUCUAGAAGCCAGGACAGGCUGGCGCGCCCCGGCGCACAGCUCGGUACCUGGCACCGCCCCGUGCAUCGGGUCCCUCGGUCCUUUCUGCGCUCUGCCACCGAGAGCUGGCACUUUUUUAAAAUAGAUAAAGGGGUGUUAUUUUUAUUUACCUUUUUGUAAAGUGAUUUUCAGUCUUCUGUUUGAGGUUCGGGGUGAUCCACACUCGUGUAAAUACUGGGUGUCACGCUCUGAUCUGCCCACCUGCCGCUCGGGUGGCUGUGCACGGACGACCCUUCACGUCACGCGUUGCUGUAACAGAUGCUAAUAAAACAUCUCUUUCUUUCUUCGUCUGGA